AGCGAGCGGAACGAGAAGAAGCAGCAGCAGUAACAACAACAACAACAACAACAACAGCAGCAGCAGCCACAGUUGAAAACGACACUUGGAGACUUUACACAGAGACUGUUAUUCCUGCGGCACCAGCACUGACUCCGCGCAGUUAAUUCCAGCAGAGAGAAGAGAGCGCAAAGUUUGGAGAAAUGCAGUCAGUGUUCCAGCACCUCAUCAGCCUGCUGUUCGUCUUCAGCAGCCUGAACGUUGAGCAGCUGACAGAGGGCUGCUCGUGCGCACCGUCGCAUCCGCAGCACGCGUUCUGCAACUCCGAGAUAGUGAUCCGUGCUAAAGUGGUGGGGAAGAAGCUCCUGAGGGAUGGACCUUUUGGAACGCUGCGGUACACGGUCAAGCAAAUGAAGAUGUACAAAGGCUUUGACAAAGUCCAGCAUGUGCAGCACAUUUACACAAGCGCCUCGGAGGGUUUGUGCGGUGUCAAGUUUGACAUCAACAAGUACCAGUACCUGAUCACAGGUCGAGUGUACAAUGACAAGGUUUACACCGGGCUGUGCAACUUCAAUGAGCAGUGGGACCGUCUCUCAUUGGCCCAGAAGAAAGGCAUCAACCAUCGCUACCAGCUGGGCUGCAAGUGCAGGAUUAAGUCCUGCCACUACCUGCCGUGCUUUGUGACCUCAAAGAACGAGUGCCUAUGGACGGACAUGCUCUCACACUUUGGCAGUUCUGGCUACCAAUCCCGGCACUACGCCUGCAUCCAGCAGAAGGAAGGCUACUGCAGCUGGUACCGAGGCAUGACCUCCCGAGACAAAACCACCAUCAAUGCCACCGACCCCUGAACCCAGCCGCACGAUGCCCCGAACCCCACUGUCGCGUCGCUGACUCUGUCUCUUCUGUAGAGUAUUUCAGGACUCGUAAAGCUCACUGAUUUGGGUGACUGUUCCUCUUAAAGGGGCAAAAAGAGAAAAGAACAAAUCCAUUGCAGUGCCUGUUUCGUAGCACAAAGAAAACAAUAUCUAUUUUGUUUAACAGAUCUCCCAAUUGAACUCUUUCGUGGUUUUCCCUUUGGUCACAUUUAAACAAUCCUUGCAGUGCACUGUCUACAUUAGGGUUCAGUUGUAUUCAAAAUACAACAACGACUGACAGUUAAAAAGCUAAAACGCAUGUAAGUCCUUGAACAAUGUCCACUGGGAAAUACAGAACUUAACUUAAAGACACUGUUGUCGCUGACACAAGUAUCUCUGUUGCAGUUCCUGCUAUUAUCGUUCUGUGCUUGGAGGCUAUACUUGUAAAUCAUUUACCUGUCGUCCCCUUAAAAAACCUAAGCUAAACUAAGUCGUUAAGUAUCAGAUAAAUGUCCAAACGAUGGAAAAAGUACAAUCGGCAUGGAUCAAAAGGUACAUUUGAGAUGUAAAACUAUUAUACUGUUAUUGCCAAACAAAGUUAAGGUAUGACCCAAGAAUAUUAUACCUCUUAGUUUAGCUUCAAAACUAUUUUUUGAUAAUGGUGUUGUUUCAUACAUACACACACACACACACACAUGUG